CAUUCUCCUUUUUAUUUGUCCGUUUUUAAUAGUUUAAUAGAUUAUAUUUUACAAAUGGACAACUUGAUCGAGUUAACCAACAAACUCCAAACUGUAGUUUCCUCGAUUGGUGCCGAUAACACUUUAGAUUUACCUUUGAUUGCAGUUGUAGGUUCACAAUCAUCUGGUAAAUCAUCUGUAUUAGAGACAUUAGUUCAACGUGAUUUCCUGCCUCGUGGAAGUGGUAUAGUCACUCGUCGACCACUUGUUUUACAACUUGUUACUUUACCAUCAUCACAACAACAAGAGUAUGGGGAGUUUUUGCAUGUCAAAGAAAAAAAGUUUUUUGAUUUUGAUGAAAUUCGUCAAGAAAUUGAACGCGAAACCAAUCGUUUAGCUGGAAGUAAUAAAGGGAUAUCACGCAUGCCUAUUCAUUUGCGCAUUUAUUCUCCUAAAGUACUUAAUUUGACUUUGGUCGAUCUUCCUGGUUUAACCAAGAUCCCCAUAGGUGAUCAACCCAAUGAUAUUGAAAAACAAAUUCGUAGUCUAGUCAUGGACUUUAUUUCAAAUCCGAAUAGUAUUAUUUUGGCAAUUAGUUUGAAAAUAGCAAGACAAGUAGAUCCUGAAGGCAAAAGAACAAUUGGUGUAUUGACAAAACUUGAUUUAAUGGAUGCAGGCACAAAUGCUUUAGAUAUUUUGUCAGGCCGAUCUUAUCCCUUAAAAUUAGGAUUUAUAGGCGUAGUAAAUCGAAUUGCACUUGAGGCUGAAAAUCAAUUCUUCCAACAACACCCUGCAUAUCGAAGUGUAGCUUCACGUUGUGGUACUCAGUAUCUUAGUAAACAAUUAAAUACGAUUUUACUUUCACAUAUUAAAGAGAAAUUACCUGAACUAAGAACGAAACUAGGUACUUUGAUCAGUCAAACACAAUUAGAACUAAAUCAAUAUGGAGAGCCAUCACGAACGACAGAACCAUUUCAUCGAGGCUCACUUAUUCUUCGACUCUUAACCAAAUUUUCUAAUGAUUUUAUCGCUGCCAUUGAUGGUACAUCUUCAGAAAUGUCCACUAAAGAAUUGUGUGGUGGCGCACGUAUUUAUUAUAUCUUUAAUAAUGUCUUUGGACAGGCAUUAGAUGCGAUACCCGCUUGUUCAAACUUAACCAAUCAUGAUAUUCGUACUGCUAUUCGUAACUCAACAGGUCCUCGUCCUUCAUUAUUUGUACCUGAAUUGGCUUUUGAUCUGUUGGUUAGGCCUCAAAUUAAAUUAUUGGAAACACCUAGUUUGAGAUGUGUAGAAUUAGUUUAUGAAGAACUUAUGAAAGUGUGUCAUAAUUCAGAUACAAAGGAACUAUUGAGAUACCCACGACUUCAUCAAAGACUAAUUGAAGUUGUUUCAGAAUUAUUAAGAGAAAGACUUGGACCCACAUCGAGUUAUAUUGAAAGUUUAAUUGCAAUUGAAAGGGCUUAUAUUAAUACAAAUCAUCCUGAUUUUUUGGGAGCUGCUGGAGCUAUGGCUAAUUUAGAAUCAGAAUCAAAAAAGAAAAAAAAGAUAGAAUCGAAAAGAAAGAAUCACUUAUCAAUGGAUACUAAAUCAGCAACGGUAUUACAUAAUAAUAUGAAUCAUGAUAAUUUGUCAGUUGCAGAUAGUGAGACUGAUUCAGUAAGUAAUAACAAUAAGGAAUCAUUUUUAAAUUAUUUCUUUGGUGGAGCUAGUAAAAAUGAGAGACCAGCGUUAGGAUCACAAGAGAUGAUGGCUAAAGCACAAUAUGCUCCACCGCCUAUGACUGUUAAUACCUUGAUGGAAAGUGAAAUAAUGAAGAAAUUAGAACAGACAUCCUUAAAUGAGGCUCCUUCCCCUAAUUCGGUUACAGAUAGGGAAGAGUUAGAGAUCCAUUUAAUUCGAACGCUGAUUACAAGUUAUUUUAAUAUUGUAAGAAAGAAUAUUCAAGAUUUAGUACCAAAGGCAGUUAUGCAUUUACUUGUGAAUUAUUCAAGAGAGACAGUACAAAAUAGACUUGUAGCAGCACUUUAUAAAGAAGAGAACUUUGAUGAAUUACUACAAGAAGAUGAUGCAAUUGCAACUGAAAGGGAAAAAUGUAAAACAAUGUUAAAUGUCUAUAAGCAGGCAUUUGAAAUAAUUAAAAAUUCCAUGUAACAAUUAUAAACCAGAAUGUUUUUUAUUGUAAAUGUUAUGUUUAUAUUUAAAAGGGCCGCAUGGAAAGUUUUAAUUUAUAUAAAAUGCUUCUGUACCUAUGACAAAAAAAA